AUGACUGUCGAGACCGCGAACGCCUCAUGGCAUCCGGCCUUCAUGCCCAAUACUGCCAGUGGCAAUACAUCCGCUGAAGCCGCAGCUCCCUCGAGCGCAAAUCUCGAUGCACCACCUCCACCUGUCCACGCCGAAAAACAAAAUCCCCAAGAAGACGUCGAGUCUUCACGCGAAUCACAAGAAUUAUCUUCAUGGGACGAUGACCCUGAAGAAGAGAGUAACCCCUGGCUGGCAAAUGACGCCGACCAGGAAGCAUCCGACGAUUGGCCCGUCUUCGAUAAACCAGCAACGAGUUCGCCAGUUGAAUCCAAGGACACCAAGGAAGCCCCCAACACCAGUGAAGUUCCAGACUCGGAAUCAGCACUGGCUUCUACUGCCCAGGAGACCUCGAUCGAGCCAGAUACCCCAAAGGAGGCCGCAAAAUCAUCUGGUCAUACUUUAGGACACACCAGCAACGACUCGUUCACGCGGACAGUGGCCCACGACGUCAACUGGGACGACGAACAUGAUAGUGAAUGGACACUCUCCCGAACCGACACCGAUCCUUUCAAGUUCAUGCCGCCGAGCGACAGAACAAACUCGUUCCCGCCCGUACCGCCAGUCGGAGCUUCGACCUCCGCUCCUGGAGAGGAACAUCCGCUCCCCUCCAAUCAAGCCGAAGACCUGAUGAAUGAAAUUGAGAACACCUCGGAUCACCACGACGAUAUCGGAGAUAAACAGACGAACAAAGCCGUAACUGGGUUUGAUUAUGGGUUUGGGGAUGACACGGAGAACGACCAUCAAUACGUUGGCCGCGACGUGUCCAUUACGGAUCACGAAGCUCUUGGUUCACGAUACGAAGAAGGAGUGCCUCUGAUUUCUCAAGACGAAAGCAAUGAGGACGCGCCGCAAUCCGAACAACCGCUCCACGGGUUUGACGAUGAUACAGCUGGAGAUGAUGACUUUUUCAGCCAGAUCAAGGGCUCAAACAAUGACGAAUUUCCAGACUUUGAUGGCAAACAGCCGUUGGAGCGUAAAUCUACCAUGCAGGUUCUGGGCGCUCUUGACAACCAUACAUUGUCAAGAACAGACACUCUUGACGAUAUGCUGGAAGAGGACGAGGAUGAGGAGGCGCAAGAGGCUAAUGCUGCCGCGUCGGAGCCAACAGCGCCGGAGACCACCCAACCUGAGACUACACAGGUUGAGGAAGCCGAGGCCAAGCCUUCCGAUGAUCUGGCCGCCAAAUGGGAGCAGGCAUUUGCAGACGAUGAUGAGGAUGAUUUCUUACUCGAAGAAGCGCCUGAGGACUCUGGCGAAGGCAAGCCUGUCGACCCUUCCGCGUUCUUUGGUAGCGACGAUGAGGGAUUCCUUGAAGAUGACGAUGAGCCACAGACGACAGCUCCUGCCCCCACACCUGGUAUCCAAGGACGAUACACCCCGCAAGCACCGGCUGCCGUUCCCCAGAGAGCUAGUUCUUUUAAUUAUGCCCCAACGCAGGCAGCUUCGUCCCUGGCCGCCCAGCCGCAAGUUCCAGCUUCACCAUUUAUGGCCGCUUAUGGUGGCCAGCCUUCACAACCAUCCGCCCCUUAUGGAGCACAACAACGUCCCGAGCCUCCCAAAGCUCAAAGCUUUGCGGCUCAAUCUAAAGGCGGCUAUACAUCACCGUACGACCUUCCCAUGGAAGUGGUUGUCCCUAAAAAGCGAGCAAGUGCCCAACAACCCCUCCGAAGCCCUUCAACUGGGCCAACAUCGGCUCCUCCGCCUAGAAGCUCUAGUAUGCAAACGCCUACUCUGCCUCCGCCCAGGACAGCGUCGUCCGGCGCUUCUCCGCCGCCACCAAGUCAAUCUCAGCAGCCCUCGACAGGGGGCAAGCCUGCCCCGGCACUGCGCAACAAGGAAAGUUUCUUUGAGGAUCUGCCGAUAACUUCCAAGCCCCGAUCUGCUUCCCGACAGAGCCAUCGUGUCUCUUCCCCGGCCCCAGCUGGCCCACCUCAGCCCCUUGGGCCUCCUGUGCAAGGCCAACUUGCACCGUCGCCUCUGUCGCCCCCCAUCGAUGCUCCGGGCAUGUCUCGUUCCGCAUCUGGAGGCAUCCCGAACCUCGUGCUGGGCGAGCGCCCCAACCCGUAUGCGCCUCAGCCAGCUCAACCGCAGAUUCCAGGUGUUCCCAGCAAUGCCAGGUAUUCUCCUGCUCCCCCGGCGGCACCAGCAGCAAACGGUGCUAGCCGUCCAUCGUCUUCGAGCAGAUAUUCUCCUGCGCCAACGGGUCCGAGACCGCCUGUUCCUGCUUUCCAUUCAUCUACCGCCCCUCCAACAGUGCUGCCGCACUUGCCUAGAACGUCGAGCCCUUUGGCACACUUUGAGGUUUCGCGCGAAGCGCCCACCAUCAAUGGUGACCAUAGUCAGGUUGAUCGUAGGUCGAGCCACAGCCUUGAGCCGAGGAUCACGAGGGUUUCGUCACUGCCCGUCACCCGUGAGGUUGACGAAGAGGAUGAUUCCAAGCCUGCGCAGCUAAACAACGGCGUGCCCCCUGAAUCUCGGUACAGUCCAGCACCACCAAUGGCAGCUAGACAGACGCCGCCGCCGCCUUCCUCUCACGGCUCUCUAGCGCAUUCGACCUUGUCACCCCCAAAGCGAUCUACAUCCAACUACCUACCGCAGGCUGCUUUGCACGAGUCACCGCCCGACAACAGAUUUGUUCCACCUCCUAGGUCUCAAACACAAUCACCGGGUUCUUCUCACGGACGCCCGUCAUCCCAACCUGUUGCUCGCCCAUCUUCGGUGCACAGUCCAACAUCGCCUCGGGCUACCAGAUCCUUCCAAUCAACACAUGCUCCUGUCACUCGCCCACGUGGACCAUCACAAAGUCUCAACAUGGUCGCGCCGACAGAUGGUCGUGAGAACGAUCCCCUGCAGAGAUGGAAGGGUGCUCCUAUCAUCUCUUGGGGUGUUGGCGGAACGAUGAUCACCUCAUUUCCCAAAAAUGUGCCGCGUUACGGUAUUGGUCAGACAGCUCCGAUGAUCAUUCGCAGCCCAGGAGAAGUUCACGUUAAGCAUGUGAAAGAUAUUCAGCCACUUGAGGAGAGACUGGCGAAGUUCCCUGGACCCCUCAAAGGAAAGUCAAAGAAGAAGGAGACGAUUGCUUGGCUGACUGCGGGCAUUGAAACGCUUGAGCAGCAACUGCCUGAUAUGUCCUUUCAAACUCAACUUUCGCAUGAGCACAAACGUGCGGUCGAAAGAGUAUUGCUCUGGAAGAUUUUGAGGAUCUUCAUUGAAUUUGACGGCGUUCUGGAAGGUACCGGUGCCGUUGAUAAGGCUGUGAGGGAUGUGCUUGCCCCUGGUCUCACUGUUGAUGACGGCGAACCCACGCCUGGCUAUGGAGCCGCUAUCGGUGGCGAAACACUCCAGGAACCUUCUCUGACUCAGAUGAGAGCGGAUGCCGUGGACUUGUCUUCAAUGGACCAGAUUCGCAAGCAUCUUCUGAUUGGCGAGCGCGAGAAGGCCGUUUGGGCUGCAGUUGACAAGCGGCUCUGGGGUCACGCCAUGUUGAUUUCCAACACUGUGUCUCCUGAUUUGUAUAAACAGGUGACACAGGAAUUUGUGCGCAAAGAGGUGAACUAUCCGGGCCACAACAAUGAAUCUAUUGCAGCGCUAUACAAGGUCCUGUCUGGCAACUUUGACGAUUGUGUGGAUGAGCUUGUUCCUGUCCACGCCAGAGCCGGAUUUCAGCUCGUCAACACCACAUUAGCCACCGGUCCAACCAAAAACGCAAUUGAAGGAUUGGAUAAAUGGCGAGAAACCCUGGGACUGAUUCUGAGCAACAGAAGCACGGAAGAUAUCCGGGCAUUGAACGCACUGGGCAACCUGUUGUCCUCUUAUGGACGAGCUGAGGCGGCACACAUUUGCUUCCUGUUUGGGCGAAUGGCGACCAUUUUUGGAGGCCUGGACGAUGCGGCCUCAAACUUCGUCUUGGUCGGCGCCGAUCACAAGACCCAGGGCGAGCAGUUUGCUAAGGAAACUGAAGCCUUGUUAUUGAGCGAGGUGUACGAGUUUGGACUCUCCCUUUCCGGCAGCUCGGCCCUGUCUACUGGCGUGCCACACUUGGCCGCGUACAAGCUUCAGCAUGCUAUGACACUGGCGGAGUACGGACUGCGCGAUAAGGCACUCCAGUAUUGCGAGGCAAUUGCUGGUUCGAUAACAUCUCAGACCAAGAGGUCUCCUUAUUAUCACCCGAUUUUGGAAACUGCGGUAGAGAACCUUCGAGCGAGGCUUAAGCAGGCUCCCAAGGAAGAGUCAUCAUCUUGGAUUUCGAAACCCAGUAUGAACAAGGUAUCAGACACAGUCUGGAGCCGUUUCAACAAGUUCGUUGCUGGCGAUGAGAACGAUAAUUCUGCAGCAGGCGGUUCCGCAGAGGGUGGUGUCGAGUCUGGACCGUUUGCCAGGCUUGCAGGUGGCACGCCUACUAUCAGCCGCUCACCUUCGGUAUCUAACUUUGAACCGAUGUAUGGUGGUGCUGCCUCUGGCUUCCCUGUCGGCUCGCCGCCAGCGGCAGUUCCUAUACCCGCUACCAGAGCAGCAUCUCGCUACGCGCCGGUCUCGUCUCAGACCCCCCUCUCCAGCUCAUACGAGCCUGGCGCUGGGUACACACCUGCCCCCGCUUCAGCUGGACGUUCGUCGAAUGAAUUUUCUCGCAGCCCUUACGAGCCUGGUUCUGGGUACAUGCCUGCACCAGCUUCGGCCGGGCGUUCUUCGAAUGAGCUCUCCCGUAGUCCCUACGAGCCUCGAACUUCGAUGGACUCGCAGCCUGGCUACACGAAUGGGGGAUACGUACCGCAGACGGGGCCUUCACAAGGCUACACACCAUCAACCUCUAACUUUGGGCAAGACGCAGCCACGUCUGCUCAAGUUCAGUUGGGAGGCGCCCUGGCUUCUCCUGUGCAACCGACAACGGGCUCACCGUACCAAAGCUACGAUCCUUACGGUGCAAGCCAACUGCCCACAGUCCCCUCCACGGAGGCUGAGACCCAAAACACCACCCAGGAUUCAAACAAUGACCUCUCCGGCUCAGGCUACCAACCACCUUCGUAUGGGUAUGAGCCUCCAUCUAUGGUGCCAAACGAUGAACCUGAAUCGCAAUCUCAAGAGGCCGCUGGCUCCAGCAGCUACGAGCCUCCCACGUACCAACCGUACAGCUACGAACCGCCUUCGUAUAACCCUGAGCCUGAAGAGGAUGACGAGUCUGCGGAGCGGAAACCGAAGCCCAAAAGCUUCAUGGAUGAUGAUGACGAUGAUGACAUCCCCGCUCUCAAGGCUCUCAAGCCGCAGGAGAAGAGCAAGGCCGAAAAAGAUAGGGAGAACGAUGAAAUGUUCAAGAAAGCAGCGGAAGAAGAUGCCAAACGAGCAGCAGCAGCACAACAACAGAAGAAGGGCUGGGGCUUUAGCAGUUGGUUUGGAGGCAGCAAGAAGGACGCGACUAUCGAUGCUGCGCAGCCCAACAAGCCUAUUAAGGCCAAACUCGGCGAAGCCAACAAUUUUGUGUAUGAUCCAGACCUGAAGCGCUGGGUGAACAAGGCUGCAGGUGCAGAAGCGACCCAGGCAAAGACAGCGACGCCGCCCCCGCCAAAGGCCGCUCCUCGUUCUAGCACGGGAACACCGCCCCCUCGUACAAUGACGCCACCCAUGGGCCGAGCAAGCGCGCCUCCCGGUGGCCCAUCUGGUCCGCCCGUCUCGAACCUUGCCAAGGCACCCUCUCAGGAGAGCCUUGGUGGCCCGCCGGGACCCCCAACUGGCAUGAUGCGCUCAGUAUCAAACACCAGUGCCACUGGUGGUCCUCUCAGUGGCCCCCCGAGCCGACCAGCGACCAGCAUGAGUAAUGCCAGUAGUAUCGAUGACUUGCUAAGUGCCGCCGGCCCGCGGAAGCCGGGAGCCAAAAAGGCGAAGAAGGGUGGGCGAUACGUCGAUGUUAUGGCUAAAUAG